AAUCCUACACAGAUCUGAGCAAUUCAAUUACAUGAAAAUUCCCAACCCCAAAGAACAAAGUGAAGAAUUACAAGAAUUUAAAUCCUUACAAAAAAACAAAACAGAGCAGAUAAUAUUACUAGUAUUACACCUCACUCUGUUUCCUCUGUUUUGUUUAUCUUCAUCUUCUUCCCUUUUUCUAGUCUCCUUGAAUUUAAUCACCAAAUCGAAUUUUACCACAAACCCAUUUUUGUACUAGUUUUCUCCUUCAAUUUAUUUUCUUCUUUUUUUUGUUUAGUUUUUUUUUAUUGUAAAUGGAUGCAUUUCAUGUAAAACUGGAGAAGCGAAAUGCAACGUUGAAGCAUCGGCACCAGUUACGGAAGGUGGCAAACGUGGUGAGAUUCGUUGAGUUUUGUGUUCUUGUAGUACUGAUAACCAGGUUCACGGUCCAUCUCCCCGUCGCCGGAGAUUAUUUCCGAGGCUUGUCGGUGGUUCUCGUGAGCCCUCGGUUCGUGUUCGUCAUCGGGAACGCUAUAGUCAUCAUUCUGUUCGCAAAGGCCGGCCAGUUCUCGAGUCGAGAUUCGGGUUCGGUAACCGAUCUUUACAAGGAAUUCGUCGAAAAGAGCGAGAAAAACAGGGCGAUCCGUUGGUACGAGACCGAAAACAGGGGAAAACAGAGGGAGAAGAGCGUAGACGAAAACAAAACAGUGAGUCUCAAUGUGCAUACAUCAAAGGUGACGACGAUUAAGAGCUAUAGAAGAACACAAUCGGAGAAUCAUAAGACGAUGAACUGCAACAAAGCUUGCAAGCAACUAAGAAAAUCGGAGUCCGAAAAGUACAUAAAACACAAUGAUUGGGAUGAGAAAAGGGUGGUGAAGAGUUCAUCAUAUCCGGAAGAUGUAUUAAGCAAUGAACAGUUUCGCAACACAGUUGAGGCUUUCAUUGCCAGGCAAAAGAAGCUUCUGAGAGAUGAAGAAUUACUCAGUGAUUUGGAAAGAUUUUGAGUGACAAAGCAAAUUCUGGUGAACCCUUUUUUUUUUCCUUCUCGUUUCUAAUGAUUGGUCUUUAGGGUUCUGGAUUUCACCUUUUCUUGUCCCUUUUGUCACCGUACGAUAAAGAAUGGUAUGAAACAUGUAUAUUAUGCUUUUCCAAUAGUUUUAUGUUAUGGUAAUAAUUUUAUCUUGAA